GCGCCAAAAUUCAAACACCAAAACGAAAUGGAAUAGUAAUGGAAAUACGAAAAAUGCUUGAAACGGAAAUGAUUCUGGAAUGACUGAUUAAUCGUUAAAAUCUAUAUCUUUUUGGCCAGUAGUAGGCAACCGUCUUAUUGUUAUGGUUAAAGACAGUUUAAUGAUUUCUCUCUGAUGCCAUUCCAGAUGAGCUAGCCAGAUGGAGAAUAUUUGUAUCAGACAUGAGAAGCAGUCCAAGAAGACCACUUAUUCUCAAAAGAAGGAAGCUUUGUUUGAAUCCACAAGCUCCUAGUGUAGCAACCCAUUCCCAGGAGCAGGAUGUGCCAGACGGAGCUCUUAAAGAGGCCACAUGCAACAAGGACCAUGGAAUAGCACAUUGUACAAAUGAGAGAGAUCAGAGCUGUCAGAAAUUCCCUGAUGGAAUAAAAAUCUUUGACCAUCCCAACCUUCCCAACACUCAGGUAGUAGUGAUUCCAAAAAAUGCUGACAUUCAGAGCAUAAUUACAGCUUUAACAGCUAAAGGAAAGGAGAGCGGUACCAAUGGGCCUAAUAAGUUUAUAUUACUUAGCAGUGGGGGCACCUCUGUGCUUCCUUCUCAGCAUGGACUACAGAUGCAUUUCAGCCCGAAACUUAAUCCUGAGGACAAGCUUAGUCCAACAGCCAAGAGCAGUAAUGAACCUGAUGUACUAAGUGACAGAACUACAGUGGGGGAGUGCUUCACCUUACUCAACAAUGUCAAAGAGGAGGAUCCUGCAGAUGAAGCUCCAAUAGCCAGCAGGCUCAGGACCAUUUCACCUCCAAAGGAAGGAAAGAAUGUGUUGCGGAAUAGGGGUUCCUCACCUUUGGAUGACAGCCUCACCAAUAUCCAGUGGCUAGGUGGAAUGAGCAGUGACAGUCUAGGACCCUGCAGUAUAGAUGAAGAGAAAGAGAACAAAUCAUCAGAUCUUCAAGGGAAUGAUCAAGUGUACGAGAAGCCUUUUGCAACCUUGACCUCUUCACCUGGGACUGCUUCAGUCUUCCAGAGACCUCCAUACUCCUACAUGGCCAUGAUCCAGUUUGCCAUUAAUAGUACAAAGAGUAAGAAAAUGACGCUCAAAGAGAUCUACACAUGGAUUGAAGAUCACUUCCCUUACUUUAAGUACACAGCAAAACCUGGCUGGAAGAAUUCCAUCCGACAUAAUCUUUCAUUACAUGAUAUGUUCAUUCGGGAAACAUCACAUGGUGGAAAGGUAUCUUACUGGACAAUUCAUCCAGAUGCCAAUCGCUGUUUGACACUAGAUCAAGUCUUCAAGCAACAGAAGCAAAGCAUUCCUGAGCCCCAGAAGUGUACUAUAAGCACUGCAGCCAGUAGCAACACCCUCAGUGGCACGGCACGAAGAAUGAAAGUGUUACUUCCACGAAUUGAUUCGUACCUGGUCCCUGUUCAUUUUCCUGGCAGUUCCUCUUUUGUAUUACAGCCUUCCUCAUCACAAGUUGUCUUACCUCCUGUUGCAGGAAACCCUUCCAUCUCAGAACUGGACAAAAGUCAGAAGAGGAUCCGUAUUGCUCCAAAGGUAACAUUGUCCAGUGAAACAUCUGGUUUUCUUCUGCCAUCUAGCAUGCCAGUCAAGAAGCAUCCAAACAUGCAGACAACACCGUGUGCUACACCAAUCCUAAAACAGAAAGGAGGGAAGUAUGAAAACAGCAGUUCACGCAGGAAGCAGAAACAUGUUGUUCCUCCAACAGAAGAGCCUUUGCUCCUCUACCCCGGAUGCAAUAGCUUGGACUCGGGACUUGUAGCUGACUUUUCUUCCUCCGACACUCAUGAACUAGAGCACUGUGCUGAUAUUUCUAGCUCUGUGGUGGAGUAUAUUAAAUCCCCUGUCAAGCUGGAAUCCAUUGAGACAGCCUUCCAAGAACUGCCAACUUCCUCCACUCCCACCAAGAUGACUCCUAGCCUUCCUCUGGGGGUCAGAUCGGAGCCGUGGACAAUUACACCACUAAAAAAACAAGAAUGUAUGCUUGACUUAAGCCCUGUUCAAACACACUGUGAAUUUACAUUGUCCCCCACAAGGGAAACUGAGAGUUAUCUGAACUUCAGCACCCCAUUCAAAGAUGGAGCACUUUUUGAUUCUCCCCAAGAACUCCUUAAAUCAAUUUCUCCAAGUAUCUGUAUUGGUAGACUUGCAUCAAACUGUCAAACACUUAGAACACACUGCAGAGAAGGGCAGGAGAGAUUACAGGCUAACCACUCCUUGGCAGAGGGCCUGGUCCUGGACACUAUGAAUGACAGUCUUAGUAAGAUCCUACUAGAUGUCAGUUUUAGUGGCUUGGAAGAAGACUGUGAGAACUUCAGCUGGUCACACUUUAUUCCUGAAUUUCGAUGAAAGCAUCGCCUGUGGUAGCGUUUUUAGGGCCCUGAGAUUUUAAAAUGCUUUAAAGUUGUUCUAAACUCCGCACAUUACUUGAGACUUGGACCAGAUAUAGAUGUCUUUAGAUUAAAAAAAAACUGCCAGUCAUUUCAGAUUGUAACGCAACUGUGUGUUCUGGUUUGUACACGUAACAGUUUGCUUUAUUUUGUAAUGCAGGUGGGCACUAAUGGUCACUGUUCUUGUAAAUUGUUUCAGGAGGUAAACACUGCUUUUUUAAAUGAGAAGUCUGAAAAGGUGUCCAAGGACACCUAGUAAAAGAGAACAAAAUGACUGUAUAUGUACAUAUUUGAAGUCUUAUAACAAUGGUAAAUCAAACUUUAAUUAGAAAUGAAAAAGCAUUAUGACUUAACCUUCCUCCCACUUUAUGUGGUCACUUGUCAACUGAGGCUUAAUGAAUGUUGAUGCCCAUUACUGGAGACUUGUCUAGUAUGUUUCACCUGGUAAAUGGUAAUGGAAGUAAGCAGGAGGUUGAAACUAUCAGGAAGGGAGGGGGUGUAUCGUUUCAGGAAGUUGUUCACCAUGUUAUCACAUCAGUGACUGAGCUUGUGGGCUGAUAACCCAGCUCCUGAAGCCCUCAUGUAUCUGAAUGGAGUGAGAUGUUUUUCUGCAUAUGUUGAGUGAAUAUAUAUCAGCUGCUAAGCAUGCUCUUGGGUCACUGAAAUUGUGACUCUGUAGGCCGAAUAUUAAAUUAUGAAAGUCAUGUGCUACAUCCCACAAAAUAAGCAGGUGAGCAAAAUCA